CUCCGCCACGUUCCUGAUAACCGCCCCCUUGACCACCUGAACACCACCUCGUCGCCUUCCGUCCUCUGACUCCUCUCCACUCCAACUCAGCCUACAAAAUGGUCCAAACUAUUGAGGUGCAGGGCUUUGACGCCUUUGUGGAGGCUAUGGAGGCCCAAAAAGCUGCCGGGAAGACCAUAUUUGCCUUGUUCAGCGGCUCAAAGGACGCGAAUGGCAAGAGCUGGUGCCCUGACUGUGUGGUAGCUGAGCCUGUGGUGAAGGGCGCCCUUGGGAAAGCCUCCGACGAUGCUGUGUUCCUGUACGUGGGUGUCGGAGGGAGGGACUUCUGGAAGGACCCUCAGUGUGUCUUCAGAACGGACUCCCGCACCCGCCUGAGGAGUGUGCCCACCCUUAUGAAGAUAGGAGGACCGCAGAGGCUGGAGGAGGAACAGUGUGCCAAGAGCGACAUGGUGGAGAUGCUGUUUGAGGAUGCUUAGUGCUGUUAUGCCGGGCCAGUCAUUCAUGUCCUUCCCAUCACUUGCUUUCCUCAUACUUAGCACCAGGACCCCAGCCUCAUUCCAAUCUAACCCAGUGGCAUGUGGGAAGUGUCAUACCCCACCUAUUCUUAUCUAUCACGUGUCAAAAUGAUUCUCCUUCCCACUCCUAGUCUUUCAUAACCCUGAGGCAGCCGUGUCAUGAGUGUCAUUGAAAGAUUGUCUGGUCUGCAGUAGAGGGAAGUGGUUUUACUGUGUCAAUUUGCAGUAUUUGAUUAGAUAUGGAAAGUGGCAUUUGGAGUUUAUAAGGAAGUUCUUCACCUUUGCUAUUAAGGGUUGUGAUUUGACAUUCUAAUUAUUAUAUUUGUUUUGUCAGCAAUAUUACAGUUGACAUGGGUGAGAUUUUUAUGUCACUAAAAAUAUAAGCUCAUAAAUGGAUACUUAUUUUUCCAGUUAAUGUGAUCCAGUAAUUAAUAUAUUAUCAAGUGAUGUCAAUAUUUUGUAUAUCUGGAAACCAAUGACAAAUUUAUAAAACCAAGUUUCUCUUUCACAUUUGGUAGAGACAUACUUCUGCCUUUCAGAGUAAUGUGAUGAUAUGUGAUUCAUCCAGUUGCUUCAUUUAAUAUACAAUUGUGUAA